AUGUCAUGGCCAAUUAUAGUUGUUGCAGUGGGAGGAAGUGUUUUGGCUGUUAGAUAUUUUUAUAGAAGAUAUCCCACUCUAUUCAAAUUUGGCUCAACUAACUUCUCCAAUAAAUUAUCCAGUAAUGAUCCCUCUAUUAACAUGGGUUCUAGACUCUCUAAAGCUAAUUUGAGUGGCUUUGGUUACAAGAUGACAUUUACAGAAGCUUGUAACAUAUUAAAUAUACCAUCAACAUCUACAAAAGAAAAAAUACGCGAAUCCCAUAAACAGCUCAUGAUGAGGAAUCAUCCAGACAAUGGAGGUUCAACAUAUCUAGCUUCAAAAGUUAACGAGGCGAAAGACUUUCUAAUUAAGUGA